UUUAUUGGCUUGGUGCAAGUUUGCCGUGGUAUCACCGUCGCAACGAAUAUUAACUCGUGCGGGAGAGUGACGCAGGGAGACACGAAGAGAGACCACCGCGGCACCGCCCUCCCCAUGGCCACCCCGAGAGACUGGGAUCGUGACCGCGACCGUGACCGAGAACUCCUCAUCCCCGCCGGCGAAACCCUAGAACUCGACGAUGGGGCCACCCUUUCCUCCUCCUCCCCCAUCAUCUCCACCCUUCCUCCCUCCUCCCUCCACCUCCACCACCGACCCACUGGCAUCGAGGCAUUCUCUAUGGUCAUCCGCAGCUGGGCCUCAAAAAAGUUCAUGACAGGAUGUGUAAUAUUGCUUCCCAUAGCCAUAACAUUUUACACUACCUGGUGGUUUAUUUGUUUUGUGGAUGGAUUCUUUUCACCUAUUUAUACUCAUCUUGGGAUUGAUGUUUUUGGCCUAGGAUUCAUCACUUCAAUUACCUUCAUCUUUCUGGUGGGUGUGUUCAUGUCAUCAUGGUUGGGAACUUCUCUUCUUAGCCUUGGUGAAUGGUUUAUCAAGAAAAUGCCACUUGUUCGCCUCAUCUACUCUGCCUCAAAGCAAAUAAGUGUAGCAAUAUCACCAGAUCAGAGCUCUCGAGCCUUCAAAGAAGUAGUCAUCAUAAGGCAUCCACGUGCUGGUGAAUAUGCAAUCGGCUUCAUUACAUCUACUGUGGCUCUUAACAGGAGUACAGGAGAUGAGGAGCUCUCCUGUGUUUAUGUUCCUACCAACCACCUUUACCUUGGGGACAUCUUUCUCAUCAGCUCCAGGGACAUAAUCAGGCCAAAUUUAUCUGUCCGAGAAGGGAUUGAAAUUAUUAUUUCUGGGGGCAUGUCAAUUCCUAAGAUCUUGUCUGAGGUGGAGGUCAAGACAACACUUUGAGAUUAUAUGAUUGCUUUGAAAAGCCCAAAACCUGCCGCUGCACAAGAUUAAAGUUUUUGUGAGCAAUUGAAUUUUAUACUUUGCUGCUGUAACUGCAAACCACAUGGUUAUCUGUGCCAUCACCGUUCUAUUGUAUUGGCCCAGCUGAAUUUGGCCACAGCUCUCCAGAGCACAUAAUAGGUGGUGUACAGUAUCUAACUCUGCAUUAGCUCAAAGAAUGGAAAAUUUGCAAGUAUGUCUUUUCUACUUCUGUAAUGGUUAACUACUCUCUCAAUGAUAUUAAGUUGGAAAAUGACUUCCAAAGUACCUUA